CCGGAAACUAAUACUGUGUACUGUAAUAUAUAUAAACUCUUGUAUGGUCGUUUUAUCUUCAAGAUAUUUUUGUUAUAAUAAUGUCCUCGACUCCGUUACAUUCUACUACGAAAUUACGCAUUCAGAAGAAUAAUUCAAGGAGAGGUGGUGCCAGCAGUAGUGGUAGCAGUGGUAAUUGUAAUAGUAAUGGCGUCUGCGGCACUAGUUCUAGCUGGGGUAGCAGUCGGCGUUCGUCACCCAUGGCCGCUCGUGAUAUUCCUAAUUCCGAUUCAAUAGCGGACAGCCAAUCGGUGAUGGGGCCAGAUAGAAUGCAGAGACUAUCACUGCCUGAACAUGAACAACAGUGUGGGCCCAGCAGAAAUAGGCACAGAUAUGAUCUGAGGCGUAAAGCAUCGUCAUUUAAUUCUUCCAUUGACAAUGCAACUACCGUUGACAAUUGCAGUUUUUAUAAUUCCCCACCUAAGAGGCUUAAGUGUUCAAGGUCUUCCUUUUGCCUAUCUGCAUCUAACAUGGAAACGGUCGGUGGAUACUACAUGCAGAAUGAACUGCCUGACGAGGUCUUGCUGAAGAUCUUCUCCUACCUACUCGAGUUUGACCUCAGUAAUGUUGCUACCGUUUGCAAGAGAUUCAAUGCCGUUGCCAAUGAUAGUGAACUAUGGAAAAAAUUGUACCAGAAUGUUUUUGAAUAUGAUCUCCCACUUACAACCAGUGCUUUGGAAUUUGGCAUUUUCAAAUUCAUCAACCCAUCUACAAUUAAUAAUAAUAACAAUAAUAAUAAUUUUAACAAUAAUAAUAAUAAUUAUAAUAAUAAUAACCUGUGGAAAGAUUCUUUCAAAUGUUUUUACAACUCGUGGCACGUCAGGGUUGGCUAUAAGCAGGAGUUUGAAGAAAAUCCCCAAAGAUAUGUGGGCAGAAAAAUAAAAUACUUUGAUUCCAUCUCUGAAGCUUAUGACCACACAUUAGCAGUUAAUCAGCCACAACAACAGGUUCAUCAUCAAGACAACAACAACAACAACAACGAUAAUAGUAGCGAUAACAAUGAUAAUAAUAGUAAUAAUAAUAAAAGGCCGACGAUUAUUUUUAUACAUCCGGGGACUUAUUCCAAAAGACUUAGUAUCACUAGCAACGUUAUACUCAUUGGCGCCGGCCCGGGCAACGUCGCAGAUCACGUGAUCAUCGAACGACAGAGCGAAUCGGCUGUUUUGUUCAGUGAAGGAGCUAAGCAGGCCUACUUAGGAUAUGUCACCAUCAAAUUCAGCCCAAGUGCUCCGUCUUCAGUUCCCCAUCAUAAGCACUACUCCCUCGAGGUAACUGACAACUCUUCGCCCAUAGUUGAUCAUUGUACUGUUAAGAGCUUUUCAGUUGUCGGCGCAGCUGUGUGCGUGUCGGGUUCGGGAGCCGACCCUCACAUCAAGCACUGCAACAUCAGUGACUGCGAGAACGUCGGACUCUUUAUCACUGAUCACGCCCAGGGCACGUAUGACUACAACGAAAUCUGUCGAAAUGCACUGGCUGGUGUCUGGGUGAAGAACCAUGCCAACCCAAUAAUGAGGAACAAUCACAUACACCACGGCCGAGACGUUGGAAUAUUCACUUUCGAUAAUGGCUUGGGUUACUUUGAGGGCAACGAGAUCCAUGAUAAUCGAAUUGCUGGGUUCGAGGUGAAAGCCGGGGCCAAUCCGACGGUGGUCAAAUGCCACAUACACCAUGGCCAGACAGGGGGAAUAUACGUACAUGAAAAUGGUCGCGGUCAGUUUAUGGAGAAUAAAAUUCACUCGAACAAUUUUGCGGGGAUCUGGGUCACUUCUAACAGUGAUCCGACCAUCAGACGCAACGAAAUCUUUAACGGCCACCAGGGAGGCGUGUACAUAUUCGGCGAGGGGCGUGGCCUAAUCGAGUACAACGACAUACAUGGCAAUGCCCUUGCCGGAAUCCAAAUUAGAACGGGGAGUAAUCCAAUCGUGCGCCACAAUAAAAUUCACCACGGGCAACAUGGGGGAAUUUACGUGCACGAAAAGGGCCAAGGAUUAAUAGAGGAGAAUGAAGUGUACUCGAACACACUGGCCGGGGUCUGGAUCACCACGAAUAGCCAGCCAAUACUAAGAAAAAAUAGAAUUCAUAGUGGAAAGCAGGUUGGAGUUUACUUUUACGACAAUGGUCAUGGAACACUGGAAGACAACGACAUCUUCAACCAUCUCUACUCCGGAGUUCAAAUCAGAACCGGAAGUUGUCCUGUAAUAAAACGCAAUAAAAUCUGGGGGGGCCAAAACGGCGGCAUAUUAGUGUACAAUGGAGGAUUAGGAGUUAUAGAGAACAACGAAAUAUUCGACAACGCCAUGGCAGGCGUCUGGAUCAAGACGGAUAGCAACCCGACUCUGAGGCACAAUAAGAUACACGAUGGUAGAGAUGGAGGUGUUUGUAUUUUCAAUGGAGGGAAAGGCAUCUUGGAGAGCAACGAGAUCUUCCGGAAUACACAAGCCGGGGUGCUGAUCAGUAACCAGAGCCACCCGACCCUCAUCAACAACCGCAUCUACGACGGGAUGGCGGCCGGCAUCGAGAUUACCAACAACGCCACGGCCACACUGGAAGGAAAUAAAAUUUUUAAUAACAAAUUCGGAGGGCUGUGUCUAGCUAGCGGGGUUCACCCUUUCACUAAAGAUAACGUCAUAUACGAUAACCUCAACAUGGUGGAAAAAGUCGUGUCCAGUGGCCAGUGUCUCUACAAGAUUUCAAGCUACACCAGCUUUCCUAUGCACGAUUUUUAUAGGUGCCGCACCUGUAACACGACGGACCGUAACGCCAUCUGCGUCAACUGCAUUAAAACCUGCCACGCCGGACACGUUGUUGAGUUCAUAAGACAUGAUAGAUUUUUUUGCGACUGUGGGGCUGGAACGCUGAACAACCAGUGUCAUCUGCAAGGAGAACCUACCCAGGACACAGAUACGUUGUACGAUAGUGCCGCUCCUAUGGAGUCCCACACUCUCAUGGUCAACUGAUUGGACGUUGGAUUCGAUGACUGAUCGCUGAUUGGUUGUUGGAUUCGAUGACUGAUCGCUGAUUGGUUGUUGGAUUCGAUGACUGAUCGCUGAUUGGUUGCUCGAUAUUAUCACCCGAUUGCUGAUUGGUUGAGAGUUGAUUUGGGAUUUUUUUUAUUGAUUGAUUGAUUGAUAAUGAAUGAAUUGAUUGAUUAACUGAGAGAAUGUAGUAGCGAACGUACGUCGUUUCAUUAUUAAAGUUUUUUUAAUCGUCAUUCGGGAACACAUUGAAGUAUUUUCAUUACAUAUACCUUCAUGUGCAUACAAUGUCUUUUGUUAUAUAAAUUAUAUAUAUAUAUAUAUAUAUAUAUAUAUAUAUAUAUAUAUAUGUUGGUAAUAGAAUAUAUAAUAUCUAUACGUAUGUAUUUGCACGAUUUUAAGUUGCAUGUCAAUUGGUUUUAAAAAUAUCAUUUCACCUGUGUAUGUAUGCUUGCCUGUAUAUGUCUAUUAUUAUUAUCAUCAUCACCAUCAUUAUUACGAUCACUAUCGUAACCAAUAUUAUCUCUCUUUUUU